AUGCUAGUAGAGUUAGCAGGAAAUUUUGUCCGUGCAAGUUCUUAUUUUGUGCACGUUCUAUAUCGAUGUUGUAUCUCGGUUGGUUCAGGAGUUAUCAUAUCUUUGAGGGGAUUUAUUGUUAGUGAUCGUAUGGAAGAAAAAAAGAAGCAGAAAACUUUUAUGCGAAGGCGCCCCUCCAAGAGCACGUCGAAUCCGAAUGCCGCACUUGCUGAGAAUACUAGUAUUUUUGCUAUUUUGUUGAUUUUUCGAACUGGUAUUCGUGAGGUUUAUAAUUUUAAUAUUCUUGCUUUUGUGUUGUGUUUUGACGGUGUAGAUUUGGGUUUGGAUGCUAAUGUUGCAGUGAAUGGAGCAAUAACUAGCAACAAAUGUGUUGUUAUCACUUUGCAGUGCAAGGCUACGUUUUAA